AUGGGCGCAGAACGCUUGAAAGUCAUCAUCGUCGGGGGCUCUGUUGCCGGGCUCACGUUGGCCCACUGCUUGGACAAAGCAGGAAUUGACUAUGUGGUGUUGGAGAAGCGGAAGGAGAUCACGCAUCAGGAGGGUGCCUCGAUCCUGAUUCUGCCCCAUGGUGGCCGCAUACUGGACCAACUGGGGAUAUUCAAAUCGCUAUCACAAUAUAUGGAGCCAUUGCAUACGGCUCAUAUAUCCUACUCUGAUGGGUUCACCCAUACUAACAGGUCACCGCAGGUUCUCACCGACCGCAUCAUCAAUAGUUUCGGAAUACCUUUGGCAUUGGUGGAGCGACGAAAUCUACUCAAAGUCCUCUACAAUUCGCUGCCGGAUCAGUCACGCGUACAACUCGGCAAGAAAGUGGUGUCAUUGAACCAUCAUAACGGUCGCGUCGCCGUCACGGUAGACGAUGGGAGCGUUCACGAAGGUGAUCUGGUGGUUGGUGCCGAUGGUGUUCACAGUCGCGUACGCGAUGAGGUGUGGCGCUUGAGCGACGCGAUUCGGUCGGGUACCGUCAAAGACAAGGAAAAAAAGAGUAUGGCAAUUGAAUAUGCCUGCAUUUUUGGCAUCUCCAACGGUGUCUCAGGCUUGGUCGCCGGGGAACAAGUCGCCAGCCUAAAUAAGGGAAGAUCAUUCCUCACCUUCCCGGGAAGAGAUGGGAGGGUAUUCUGGUUCCUGAUGCACAAAUUGGAUAAGAAAUACGCAUACCCCGGAGCACCACGAUGGUCCCCCGAGGACGCCGAAAAAAUUGCCGCGCGAUAUAUCGAUGAUAACAUCUGGAAUGGUGUCCAAUUUAAAGAUAUCUGGGGUAAGAAGGAAGUGUGCGGGAUCACAAACCUGGAAGAAAACAUCUUCCAAACAUGGCACUCCGGCAGAGUCGUGUGUCUUGGAGACAGCAUGCACAAGAUGGCUCCCAAUACAGGGCAAGGAGCGAACUGCGCCAUGGAAGAUGCUGCUCUUCUUGCAAACUCUUUACGGCAUUACCUGGAUGGCCGGAAAGGGGCCGCAAAGCCUUCACAAGAGGACCUCAACACACUUUUUGAAAACUUCAGUCGAGAUCGCAUCAAUCGGCUGCAGAGUAUCUACAAAAUGUCAAGAAUCGUGGUUCGUCUACAUGCCGGACGAAACCUCUUUCUCCGGCUCAUGGGCCGGUACUAUCUGCCUAAUACGGGCGAUGUUCCGGCAAACCAGGCCUCCAAGUCAAUUGCGAGUGGUGUCUACUUGGACUAUCUGCCUCUUCCCACUUACUCUGCACCUGGUUGGCAAGAUUUCGCUCCCAACUCGAAACUCUUUUCUGGCAGUUUGCCCCUCAUCCUUUCUGUGACGCUUCUGUUUGGCAUCAUCUGCUGGGCAGGAAGGGACGUUCACCCCUUAUCGAUGAAGAGCUUAGCUCUUCUUAGAAACCAUGUAUCUCAGUAG